GGUUUGAAAGAAGAAACUGUCAGCUGUGCGUUCGGGCGCCGGGCGGUCACACACUCUACUGGUCGCAGGUGUUUUUGAUAUACGUUAGUGAAUUGUGGUUAUAAGUUUGGGUAAAAUUGUUUGGUGUUUGAAGCUGUAGGUUUUUAAGAUGGUUGUGGGAGCAUUCCCCGUAGCUAAGUUGGGUGCUCUUCUUAUUAGACAAAUAAGUAAACCUUUAGCAAAUGCAAUCGCGAAAAAUGCCAAGCAACAUCCUUGGUUCAGCAGAGUCAUUUGUAUGCCUCCUGCUCAAUUCUAUAACUGGUGUGAAGUACGGAUGAAGUUGUGGGUACUAAACUUGGGGAAACCUGUGAAGGUACCAAAACUGAACGAGGCUAUGGCCAUUGAACUUGGUGCAAGUCUGCUGGGAGAAUUCAUCAUCUUCCUGAUCGCUGCAGGCCUGUUGUUGGCAGAGUAUACAAGACAGACGCGAAAGGAGACCGCAAAGGAAAUCGCCCGCCAAGAGGAGAUUUACAAAAUCCAACUUACUGUAAAAGAGCUGAACUUCCAAACUGAACGACAGGACACCCAGAUACGUGAGCUGUUAGAAACAAUAUCUGACUUGGAAAAAAGGGUGAGCAAGGUUCCUUGGAAUCGGAAUAAACCAGAAUUACCUGAGACAAGAACUCUAGAUGAAUCUGAUUCCUUACAAGAUAUUAAGUAUUAUCACCAAAAGGGUUUUGGUACGCCUUUAAAAAUGUCUUGUUUUUGGCCAGAAAAAAAGAGUGUGAUAUUUAUAGCGGUUGAACAUCUUUCGAAAGAUGUAUAUAAAAAUGUUAUUCAGUUCAGUGAUCUAUAAGCUUAAAUUUGUAUAAUUGUUAAUCAUAAAUAAAUAUAUGGAAAACAAAUUUAUAUUUUUAGUGCUCGUUAUAAUUGUCAGUAUUAUUUGAUAUAUUAUGCUUAUAAAUUGUUUUAUAUAGUAGAUUUUAUUUUCAAAAACCAAAAGUGAAUUUUUUACAUAGACAUCUUAUCCUAAAGAAAGUGACGGUAAGGGUGCAAUAACUUGUUCCCUGUACCGUGUCAAUCACCCAUGUGUUUUCUUGGCACAAAGAAUUUUCUGAAGAGCGUAAAAAGGAAGAAAGCUAUGAUUGUUGCUCAAGGACAUAUGUUACCGAGACAAUGUAGGAUACGUAUAUAUGUAGCAAUUAAAGCCUUCCUGAUAAUUUUAGGAUGGUUGCAGACUUCAGGAUGGCUCUAGGUCAAUUGGCUUACUGUUUUAAAACUAGUGGGUUUUGGUCCGUGAACACGGACCUCUCACAGCUCAAGAAUUUUGAAUCUUAAACCUUUUGAUACUCUGACCUUAAGUGUGCCUAAAACCUGACACACUUAUAAAGAGAAUAAAAUCUAGAAUUUUAGCUCAGACUAUUUAUUUUAAUAAAUUUUAAAUGGUAGAGGAACUGUAUGAAAAUUAAAAAAAAUUGUACUUAACCUAUUCAUAACUAUUAACACAAACGUUUAUAUGAUCACCCUAAUGCAGUCACAGAAUAUCACAAUAAAAAAUAUGGAAUGCAAUAAGAUGCAGAACUGCAAAACUUUUCCAUUGUCCAAUUAAAACUGUCCUGGCAGCGUACACCAAGCUGGAAUGCACAGACGGAUUUGGGGAAAGGAACUGAUCAGAGAGCUUCCAUUAUGUACAGUAUUAAAAUUUAACAACCCCUUGCGCUCAAAGGUAGUAUUUGUUAUUU